GGGUUCUUCUUCGUCUAUGCCAAUCUCCCAAACACUCACUAUUUUCAGACUUCACCGUCCGCUUUUUGUCUCCGCCGCCGACCCACGCCAAGCCAGACUCCUAUCGCCGCCGCCGUGCAACUUCAUAGAGGAGUGGUAAGAAUGAGGCUUCUAACUCAUAAUAUGCUAUCGUCGAACAUCAAGGGCGUGACUAACGGUUUCCCGUUACUUAUCGAGGCGGUGAAAGUGGUGGAGAAGGAAGUGGAUUUCAACGAAGAUUUCCUCAAAAACAUGUUUGUGAAAGUCGAAUGGAAGGCUCUUGUAGAAGCUUCUAGAACCCUUGGGUACACCGAGCUGCCGGAAAGUGCGGAAGCUUCCAUGCUCGAUUCUGACGAGUUUCUUCGUAAGUUCCACCAUGCCCUUCUUGAGCUUCAUCUCGAAGAUGGUGCGUUGGUUUGUCCUGAAACAGGUCGUAAAUUUCCUGUCAGCAAAGGAAUCCCGAAUAUGCUGCUUCAUGAAGACGAGGUGUAGUUUGUGACUUGAAUGAGUUGUUGAUGUUUAGGGUCUUAAACGGGACUUUUAUUUACGUGCGAGUUAUUGGCAAUACUAUUCAAAAUAUGUAACCGAAUAUUUUCAAGGGUUUCUUCUUAUUGAGAAAAAUGUGUGAUUGUCAUUCCCGAGUUUGUACGUUUUCGUAUCCGGUAAUUGUUGUGUAGAUUGGAAUUAACGGGGGCGUUUUCUUUAUCCUU